CGCUGCCCCGCCGCGCGGCUUUGCCUGCGCCGCCCCGCCAUGGAGCAGGGGCCGGCGGGGGGGCCCGCUGCCGCCACCACCGCUGCCGCCGGCACCGGGGGUCUGCUCCUGCCGCUGAGCGAGAGCGAGCAGCAGCGCUACUCCGAGCUCUUCUCGCGGUGCUGCCCGCCCCCCGAGGUGGCCGCCGGGGGCAGCAGUGUGGGCGAGCUGUUCCGGGCCUCACAGCUGCCCCCGGACACGCUGCACCAGAUUACUGAACUUUGCGGAGCCAAGCGUGUGGGUUAUUUUGGUCCCGCUCAAUUUUAUAUUGCUUUGAAGUUAAUUGCAGCAGCUCAGUCAGGGUUCCCAGUACGGAUUGAGAGCAUUAAGAAUGAAUUGCCCCUGCCACGGUUUAUGGCGCUGAAAAAUGACAGUGAAGCACGUUACGGGACUCCAGCAGAACUCCAUGGAGUUAAAUUUCAGGUUCCACAUGCAACUUUGGAAAAAAAUUCCUACAAAAGAACAGAUGAAGGGGACAAACAGGAACCCAAAUCUCCUCCAAUGUCUCCAAUCUGCUCACCUCCUGCUUCUCCAUCUACUUACCAGAGAAUACCCCUAAGUUACGGAUAUGGUAAAUCAAGAAGUGGUCUGGAGCAGCAGCAUGGAGCUCCUUAUGAAGUCAGACACUCUACUCACCAGCAAGAUGGACCAUCAUCAGGGAAUUAUGGAGCCAAACCUGCACUCACCUGCUCAACUCCAAAUCGGUCUCUUUCAGCAGAGCGGGAGCAGCAGGACAGCAGCACCCACUACUCAGAUGACCCUUGGAGGAUAACAGAGGAGCAGCGAGACUACUAUAUCAACCAGUUCAGGUCCCUGCAGCCUGACCUGAACUCCUUUGUUUCAGGUUCCGUAGCAAAGAAUUUCUUCACAAAAUCAAAGCUGCCCAUCCCAGAGCUUUCUCACAUCUGGGAGCUGAGCGAUGUGGAUUGUGAUGGGGCGCUGACACUCCCUGAGUUUUGUGCUGCUUUCCACCUUGUGGUUGCAAGGAAGAAUGGUUACCAGCUGCCGGAGACACUGCCGGAAACGCUGCUGCCCCAGUACCUCCAAGCAGCUUCUUUGAAGCCCACGCGUGACUGUGCACUAUUUGAUUCUUACUCUGAGUCGUUGCCAGGCGGUCAGCAGACUCGGGACUUCAGUCGGUCAGAGAAGACAUCAGCUGAAGAGGUAGCUGAUAACUCUGCCCUGUUACAAGAGGGAAAGAAAGAUGACAAAGAAGCUGUUAAAGUAAGCACUGCUCUCAAAACGAUACCAAAGGAAUUUCAGCACUUGACUGUGAAAACAGCUGCUCAGGAAUCUAAUGCACUUAAAGCCAGACCACGAUCCAGGUCUUAUUCUAGUACAUCAAUAGAAGAUGCCAUGAAAAAGGGAGAAGAGCCCCCUACUCCACCUCCAAGGCCACAGAAAUCACAUUCCAGAGCUUCCUCUUUGGAUCUGAACAAAAUAUUUCAACAAAACACACAAGCUGUGAGGUCUGGCUGGCUGCCCCCACCACCGCCUGCACUGCCUCCUCGACCUUCUGUGUCUCAGACAGAGCAACCAUCUGAGGUUGAAUUACAUCCUCAGAUGAAUAGACCUCCAGCGCAGGCAGAAGAAAACAUUCCAGCAAAAAAGGAGGUUGUUCUUGCUCAGCCGCCCUCCAAACCCACCCGCAGGAAGCUCCGGGCAGAAGCACAGGGGCUGGAGACCCCUGAGCUUUCUCCCACUAUAAAUGUGACUUCUUCCACGCCAGCAGUCAAGCCUCACCUCCCAGUCCAAAAACAGUCUUCCAAGCAGAAAAGGGCUAUUCAGACUGCUAUACGAAAAAACAAAGAAGCCAAUGCUGUGCUCGCCAGGUUGAACAGUGAGCUCCAGCAGCAGCUGAAGGAGGUUCACAAGGAACGAAUUGCCUUGGAAACGCAGCUGGAGCAGCUUCGUCCUGUCACUGUCUUGUGACUUCCCACACUGCCGUGCAGCAGGAAGAGCAGAGCAUGUGUCCCAGCAGCCUUGCAAGAAGAGGAGCAUGGUGGGGCUGAGCAGGGUUUCUGCCAAGCUGGUGGCAGUGGGGAGGACCGGUUUUUGGGUCUCCCUUCACCCCAUGGCAUGCAGUUGCCUUUGCAGGUGAAGAAGGUACAGAAAAUAAAUAUCUGACUGCUGGAUAUUUCUGAGCGGAGGGAUGCAUUGCCUUUUUUCCUCCCUCUUCCCAGCCUCAUGUGUAAAUGCGGUUUAUCACUGAAAUGAAUAACCUGAGAGUAUUUUAUUUAUGUAAAGAAUUCCUGAUUUAUACGCAUUCUGUGAUCACCUCCUGCCCCGGUCAUUAAGAGGUACAGCAUUACUAGAUUCUUGCUUACAUUUAAAACUCAUUCUCUGAGGUGGGCUAUUGGAUGUUACUGAUUCCUGUAAGAUUGUAUCAUGGUAGAGUUCCUGUGAGUUUAAUGUGCUACCGGAAUAAAACUCAAUAGACAUAGAGUCUUUAUCUGCAAUCACGUCAGAUAAUUAUUUUCUUAGUACUGUUUAUUAUGCAAUCAUGGAUGUAUUUUAAUGUUAGAGAACUUGUAUUUUAUAAGUUCAAAUCAUAUGAGAGAACAGUGAAAAAUAUGAAAAUAUAAUUAUUUUGGAAAUUACAAAAGAAAAAAGUGGGUUUUAAGCUAUAACUGUUUCCUAUCCACUAGUGUUUGAUCACUUGCUUGCAACUGCCAGUGUCUCUGCAUACUUUUAGCAUGUUUGAGAUCACUGCUUUAUAGCUUUUUUCUUCCUUUUUUCUUUUUUUUUUUCUUUUUUUUUUUUUUAACCAAGAGUAUAUUUCUAACAAGAGGUUGAAAAUGCAUUCGGGGCAUUUUAUAAAAGCUGUUGUAUCUACAUUUGUAUUAGUCUGCUUUGUUGUCUUCAUAGCUGCUGAUCUGUUCUAAGGAUGUAUACAAGAACUGUAUUUCCAGAAGAAGAAAGAUAGCAAAAGUGCUAUACAUGAGGUAUAAAAUGUGUGAUGGAAAUAAUUGCCUUCUACAACAGGCUUUCAUUAAGGUUCCUUUGCACCUCGCUGGGGAUGCUACUGAUAGGGUGACGCUGCUAAUGCCCAUUUAUUUUCUAAAUGAAGAAGCAGUGAUUAUUUUUUAAGCUGAUCCAGGGCAAACUGAAUCCCAUGGGGAUUCUUCCAUGGAUGCAGUGGUCCUUGGCUUUGGUCUCAGUUCUGUCAAUGGAAGCUGGCUUACUACUCUUAGAUUGAGUGACUUCAGACAUAACGAUGUCAGCCCUGCUCCCACCAUAUGAUGUGUGCUUCAAUGCAAGAGAAUGUCACUUACCUGUUAUCCAUCUUAAAUGUGAUGCUGCAGGUGUUUCAUGUGCUGUUGUUCAGUGACCUCAUUUAAGUGUACAAGUUUGCCUUGCAGAAACAAUGGCAAGGGUGUUUACUGUUGUUGGUGUGAUGCUUUCUCCCCAUAGCUACAGGAUGGCCCUGGGGCUGAGAGGAAGGAGAAGUGGGUUUGAAGUAGCUGGGUAGCCUUCCUUCAGGGUGUAUCACAGAAUGGCUGCAGUGGGAUAUCAGAGGACUACAAAGCAGCCAAAUGUUUUGUUGAGAGAUAAGACAGACAUCAAUGAGAAUGUUUAAAGUGAUGAGGAAACAGCCUACUCUUGCUGAAAGCGAUACGGAUGUGGGACAUGGAUCCAGAAGUCUGAAGGUGAAAAUAAGCAUUUGCAGAAUUGUUACUGAAAAUCUGUUUUUGUAACAUGUUGGUUUUGAUUCAACUAAACAUCACUAUGCAUCACAAGCAACAGCCAUUUCUCUGGAUUUGGGACUUCUGUGCAGCUGUUGCAUAGCUGGGGUCAGACAGUCAUUCCUGGUCUAUGACAGAAUGUGAGAACCGCAGACUUUUCUGGGAAGCUGCAAAAGAGCUGCUGCCCUCUUGUCAGUAGUGGUACUGUUGAGGAGUUAUCAUUUAUUUCGUAUCUUCAUAACAAUCAUGGAAUCAUAGAAUAGUUAGGAUUGGAAAGGACCUUAAAAUCAUCUUAAGGUGUCCCCAUGGGCAGGGACACGUCGCACUAAACCAUGUCGCCCAAGGCUCUGUCCAGCCUGGCCUUGAACACUGCCAGGGAUGGAGCAUUCACAACUUCCUUGGGCAACCCAUUCCAGUGCCUCACCACCCUCACAGUAAAGAACUUCCUUAUAUCUAACCUGAACUUCCCCUGUUUAAGUUUGAACCCAUUACCCCUUGUCCUACCACUACAGUCCCUAAGGAAGAGUCCCUCCCCAGCAUCGUUAUAGACCCCUUCAGAUACUGGAAGGCUGCUAUGAGGUCUCCACGCAGCCUUCUCUUCUCCAGGCUGAACAGCCCCAACCUUCUCAGCCUGUCUUCAUACGGGCGGUGCUCCAGCCCUCUUAUCUUCGUGGCCCUCCUCUGGACUUGCUCCAACAGUUCCAUGUCCUUCUUAUGUUGAGGACACCAGAACUGUGCACAAUACUCCAAGUGAGGUCUCACGAGAGCAGAGUAGAGAGGCAGGAUCACCUCCUUUGACCUGCUGGUCACGUUUCAUUCCUGAGUUUUUAAUGAGGUUAAGUGCUCACUCCGUUUGCUUUCUAGCUCUUACAUUGUCAUUUGGUUAAUAAGCCCCUACUAUUCAAUAGGAAAAAAUCAUGUGGCAUGUUUGUUUUUUCUCCUAUGGGUGAUUUUUUAAGGAAAGCUUUUCCAUUAUUACAAAGAACUGUGCACCUUGCAUUUUUAAGGCAGUGGAGGACUUUUUCAUGUUUCGUAAGAACAUCCUUUAGAAUAAUCCUCCAUUUAUUUCACUUGUGUUAUUCAUGGAAUAGACACUGUUCAAAGGAAGAGUGGAAAAGUCUGCUUUAUAUGUCUUUUUCAAAUGUCUCCCUUCAAAUAAUACAGGGGCUUAGGGUUUUCUUGUCCACUGGAAAUUAGGAUACCUGGUUAGCCAACAAUGAAAUAUUUGCUCAGUUGUUAUUCUACCACAGGACUUAACACAUUAAAAAUUUUAAAUAUCCCUGCAUUUUUGCAUUCAAAUGUCUCACGCAGCUUCAAGGCCUAGAGUGAGCUAAUUUGUAUUCUCUUUGGUGAAAUGUUGGCUAUGAUGAUGAUAUACUACUUCACAGAGAGAGUAAAGCACAAUAUUCAAGCAGAAAUGUUGGUGGGUUAUACAUACAAUGUGGGAAGUUACUCCUUCUGUAUGUCUCUGUACUUAAGCAUUUAUGAUAACCCAUGCAAAAUGAGAAAGUGUGUCUGGUUUUGGGAGGCUGUUAGCAUUUCGAGAGGGAGAGGAAGGCACUGUGAAGCUAUAGACAGUGCUUCUGGCAGUUGCUCCAUGCAGCCACAGUCAUGGCUACUAUGAACAGACCCUGGCUGGUCUGUUCACAUAUGAAUCCAGUUUCACAGAUUCUCUCAAAAAAUAUUUUUCCUUUGGAAGAAUGUGGGUACAGCAAAAUGAUCGCUUCUUGCAGAAACCUUUACUUUCUGAAACGCUGGAUUGGAGAUGCUCCUAGACCCAAACAGACCAUCUGGUCAGAAAGGGAGAACUUCACAAGCAGUUUGCCAGUGUUCAGAGGACUUUCUUGAGCUACAUGAGAGCAGUUAACUUCAAGCCCCUGACAUACCUGACCCAGGACAGCAACUAGGAUCUGCCUGACCAAGGAAUGAGAGCACCUUCCCACAAGUGAGGUCUCACUCUUCUUACUUCCUGGUUUCUGUAGGUACUUCUGCAGGACAAAACAUGCCCAGCAAGAGAGGAUAACUGGUAACAGGAGCUGGAGCACAACUUCCCUGCAUCUGAGAGGAUGUGCUGACCAUGAACCUGGGGCCCCUUCUAAAUCUUCGUUUUCCUGCAGCUGUUCUGGUUUGGACAAUUAAGUAUUUUUGUCUGCAGGACAAGACUAGGCAGAACAGAUAAGGGUCUUCCUCAGUGUGUGUGUAAGUGUGUACUCACAUGUCUUCCUUUUGAUGAGGCAUUUCUUUAUGGAUCUGUUAAUGUUCAUAUCACCUGAUAUCUUUCUAUGAAAUACUUGUUUCAGUACAUGGUAAUUCUGCGGUGAAAAAAGAAAAAUUCCCAUCUAAGUGUAGUGACUGGUUGCCUCUGUAGAUCAAGCCAUUUUUAUUUGAGCCUUUAAAUAUAAAUAAUGACCUGGUAAUUAAGCAAGCAGCUUCCACAUUCAUUUCAGAGGCAUUCCUUUAAACAAAUUGCCUGUGAACAAACAUUAAUCCUUAAUGAUCAAUGUCCUCCUUCUAGUUAUUAAUUUUAUAGUAGGAUGCAGUGGAAACAUUACCACCUCUUUCCAGACAGUUCUCAGUUCUUUCUUCCAGAGAAUUUUGGUGACGUAGCAAAAUGUCAGUGAUUAGUGGAUUCAGCCCUGUUACUGGUAAGUUGGUGAAUAUCCUUUUUAACUCAAAAGAUUAUCUCCAAACUGUUUUCACGUGUAUGGCAGUAGUUUUGCUGCUGAGAAUUUUGUAUCCAUGUUGGAGAGAGGAACUUGCUUCAGCUAUCAUCCAUACAGUCCCAGCUUGAUACUGCCAGGGCUAACCAGCAUGGGGUGGUGGCAGCUUGCACAGUAAAAUGACCCGAGUGGGAUGGUUGGGACUUUGAACCCUUCCCAGGAAGCAUUUAGGAUGGGCAUGAUAGGAAAAUUGCCAUUUGGUGAUGUAUAAGCUGCUUUCCUCUCAAUUGAACUUCAGAUCAGGAAGAAAGAGAGCCUGUAAAAGUUGCGAGUCAGGGAAUGAGGGGUGUCCAUUUUCCAGGACCAUCAGCCCUUCGGCUUUCAGCACACACAGUUCUUGACAAGAAAAUACACAGGCUCAUGAAGCCACAUAUUUUAUUGACUAAAGAGUAAAAGUAUUUUUUCAGGAAAAGAAGUGAUGUAGUACCUUCGAGAAGAGAUGAUGUAUUCUCAAGCUUUUUUUCAGUUAUCUUCAUGAUAAUGUGCUAUGAACAUACGCAUUACAUUUUACUCUGUUACUGAUUUUUUUUAUAUAAAAAAUCAUAUUGCAAGCAUUAUCGCUGUUAAUCUAAAAAGAAAAAAUACCCUGAGGCUAGUAUAUAUUUGAAUUUUAACUUAUAAAGUAGAUAUCCAGAUUUAAGCAAUUUGUUUUCACAGCUGCAGGCUGUCCACGUGGUAAGCUGCAAAAUGUAUAGUGUUCUCUACUAUGCCCAUCUAAUUUUGGAAAAUGUAUGUGAUACGGAGCUGGGUGCUACAUUAAAAUAAAAGCGUCCAAUAACUUCAA